CCGAUACGAAGGCCUGACUCUCCAACGGGUCACCUGUACAGCAAGAGCAAGAGCAAGGAGAGAGUAAACACAGUCUCGUGUAGCCUAAAUAGCCCCAUAAAACACCCACGAAGAAGAAGUGUGUAUCCCCGACCUUCAGGAGAAGACCAAGAAGAAGGAGAAGAAAUCACCAAAUGACUGGCCCUUUCACUUGGCAGCAUCAACUCACCAUUCAGCCGCUGACCCCCAGUGACAGACUUCCGGGAGACUGGAAGGUUAGCAGAGCACACGUGUGGCAACCAAAGAGCAGCUGUUAAGUAGCAGAUGAGACAUAGAAAGGUAGUGGUGUCCACCAUGCUGGGAGGAGGACAGCGCUAAGUGACGGCACCCGACUCUGUGUGUGUGUGUCCUGACGUCCACCGCUGGUGCUGAAGUGAGGGUCUGAGGUGGGCAGCACAGGGCCAGAAGACAGCACCCAACUCUGUGUGUGUGUGUCCUGACGUCCACUGCUGGUGCUGAAGUGAGGGUCUGAGGUGGGCAGCACAGGGCCAGAAGACAGCACCUGACUCUGUGUGUGUGUGCCCUGACGUCCACCGCUGGUGCUGAAGUGAGGGUCUGAGGUGGGCAGCACAGGGCCAGAAGACAGCCCCCGACUCUGUGUGUGUGUGUCCUGACGUCCACCGCUGGUGCUGAAGUGAGGGUCUGAGGUGGGCAGCACAGGGCCAGAAGACAGCCCCCGACUCUGUGUGUGUGUGUCCUGACGUCCACCGCUGGUGCUGAAGUGAGGGUCUGAGGUGGGCAGCACAGGGCCAGAAGACAGCCCCCGACUCUGUGUGUGUGUGUCCUGACGUCCACCGCUGGUGCUGAAGUGAGGGUCUGAGGUGGGCAGCACAGGGCCAGAAGACAGCACCCGACUCUGUGUGUGUGUGUCCUGACGUCCACCGCUGGUGCUGAAGUGAGGGUCUGAGGUGGGCAGCACAGGGCCAGAAGACAGCACCCGACUCUGUGUGUGUGUGUCCUGACGUCCACCGCUGGUGCUGAAGUGAGGGUCUGAGGUGGGCAGCACAGGGCCAGAAGACAGCACCCGACUCUGUGUGUGUGUGUCCUGACGUCCACCGCUGGUGCUGGUGCUGAAGUGAGGGUCUGAGGUAGGCAGCACAGGGCCAGAAGACAGCACCCGACUCUGUGUGUGUGUGUGUCCUGACGUCCACCGCUGGUGCUGAAGUGAGGGUCUGAGGUGGGCAGCACAGGGCCAGAAGACAGCACCCGACUCUGUGUGUGUGUGUCCUGAUGUCCACCGCUGGUGCUGGUGCUGAAGUGAGGGUCUGAGACACUUGCUGUGCUCAUCACUCACUGUCCUUGCUCCUUGGUGCAUCCUUCCCUUCACCUGCUUGCUUGGUCCCUGAGUAGCGGUGAGGAAGACUUGCUGCCCCCUCGGCUGCAAGGCCGGGCAGCAGCCUGAGUGGCCAGGAGCAGCAGAGCAGACUGCCACUGGUGUGAGGAUCAGGGGCGAUCAGAAGAACCACCACCACCACCACCCUGCUGCUGCUGCUGCCUUCUCCAGCCAUAAGGAAAGGGAAAGUUUGAGUGGAAGGACUGUGAGGCAGUUUGGGACUGAGAGCAAGUUCAUCAGACACAGCCUUGCACACACUGCUGAGGGAAAGCAUGAGUGCCAGGAGUUUGAGGAAAGACUCCCUGGGAAGGGUGACCUCAACAAAAGCACCCACGCACUCGGGUGAAAGAAAUCAUGAAUCUCAAGGUUGUAGGAAAAGAUUGGGUGGGAAGGAUCACCUCAACACACACACCCUUACACACACUGGAGGAAAAAAACAUGGAUGUGAAGUUUGUGGGAAACGUUUCCAUCUGAAGGGUGACCUCAAGAGACGCAUCCUUACACACACUCGUGAAAGAAACCAUAAAUGUGAAGUUUGUGGGAAAAAGUUCAGUUUGAAGUGUAACCUCCAGACACACACCCUUACACACACUGGUGAAAGAAAACAUAAAUGUGAAGUUUGUGGGAAAAAGUUCAGUUUGAAGGGUAACCUCCAGACACACACUCUUACGCACACUGGUGAAAGAAAACAUAAAUGUGAAGUUUGUGGGAAAAGCUUCACUCAGAAGGGUCACCUCCAGACACACACCCUUACACACGCUGGUGAAAGAAAACAUAAAUGUGAAGUUUGUGGGAAAAGAUUCACUCAGAAGGGUAGCCUCCAGACACACACCCUUACACACACUGGUGAAAAAAACCAUGAGUGUGAAGUUUGUGGGAAAAGAUUUAAUCGGAAGGAUAGCCUCCAGACACACACCCUUACACACACUGGUGAAAGAAACCAUAAAUGUGAAGUUUGUGGGAAAAGCUUCACUCAGAAGGGUGACCUCAAGAAACACACCCUUACACACACUGGUGAAAAAAACCAUGAGUGUGAAGUUUGUGGGAAAAGAUUCCUUGUGAAGUCAUGGCUGAAGAGACAUGGCAUAAGACACUGUGGCCACAAAGGGUUCCAGUGUGAUGCUUGUGGCAAGCGAUUUAUGACAAAAGGUGAGAUUGCGAGACACGUGAAGAUUCACCUCUGAGGUGUUGUGUUGUGCUGCUGUGUGUGGGAGAGAGCAGGUGCUGGAUGGGGCGUUGUCUUGCAUGGAGAACAGAACACAUGGCCCAGAUAGGGAAUCAAAGGCAGGUUGCAGAGUGUCUGCAAUUUUGAAAAUUUAAGAAGAAGUGUGUGUGUCUGUGUGUGUGUGUGUGUGUGUGUGUACCUAGUUGUAAUUUUACAAGGCCUGGGCUUAUGCUCGUGUGGUCCUGUCUUCAUAUCUGUAUUUGUCCAGCUUUUCCUUAAAGUUGUGCACACUCUUUGCUGAUACUACAUCCUCACUUAGUCUGUUCCAAACCUCUAUGUUUCUUUGCAGGAAGGUAUAUUUUUUUACAUCUCAAGCAUCUUCCUUUUCUCAAUUUAUUACUGUGUCCUCGUGUGUUGCUGGUGUUUCUUCUCUUCGUAGCAACUCCACAUUAUCUGCUUCUUCCAUUUUAUUCCACAAUUUGUAAAUUAGUAUUAGGUCUCCCCUUUCUCUUCUUUGUUCCAGUGUUGGCAGGUCCAUUUCCUUUAACCUUUCUUCAUAUGACAAUCCCUCCAGUUCUGGAACCAUCUUUGUUGCCAUCCUUUGUAUUCUUUCUAGUUUUUUCUCGUGUUUCUUCUCAUGCGGAGACCACACAGUUUCUGCAUAUUCCAGCUUUGGUCUAAUCAUAGUGGUAAUCAUCUUUUUCAUCAUAUCUUUAUCCAUGUAGUGGAAUGCUAUUCCUAUAUAUCUCACCAUUCUAUACAUAUCUCAGAAUAUCAUAUUUACAUGACUCUCUGACUUGAUUAUUUUGUAUUAUCACUCCCAGAUCUCUCUUCUUGAACUUUUAAUAUUUCUCCAUCUCCCAUUCUACAUGUCCAUUUUG